AUGCCUGGCUUCCGCAGCGUGUCAAGACGGCGUGACGGUGAAUCAGGUGGCCAUGUCCGUGAUAGGGCGAAAGGUUUGAAGCGUAGUACAACCAUAUCGCAUCGUCUCAGUCGACCUUUUGAAGCUGGUAUAAAAACUCCCAGCCAUCAGCCAGAACGUCCUCAUACAAGCCAUUUGUACAAAGAAAACGAGAGAGAUGUCAUCAUUGCCAUCCAUGCAGGGCCAGCUAAGCAACGGCCAUCGUGCCAACGCAGGACGACUGUAAGUUCAGAAGAAGGUCUCGUAUCCCAAAAGCCAGAUGACAAAUACGGCUUUAGGAUUGCCUGCGAGAUUACGAUGCCAAAGUGCCUGGAAGACAUGUUCUUGGACUGCGGCAUCUUGGAAUCCAAUGCCUAUGAUGAGUGGAGCGAAGAAGAGAUCAACCAUCAGCUGGAGCUUUGGGCGUUCGAGAAUCCGAUGAGCGCUUUACACAUCCAAAGUCUUGCAACCAAACUCGACCUCCAACGUCGAUACCCGUUCACCCCCAAACUAACCGAGACUGGGCUGUGGAAGCGGACGAAGCCCGCCGAGCAUGAGAAGAAAGUCGAGGAGGCUUGUGCUCUUGGAGACCAGUGGAUCGACGACAAAUUCUCCGUCGCCGUGGCAAGAAACAAGUCGUUGCACAUCCCAGAGAAAAAGGCAAUGCACGAUGGCAUUCGUCGAGCCACGCUCCGAGAUCAAAGAAACGAGCUUUUCUCAACCUCGAUCUUGAGCUCGCCGGUUGAGAAGAUGGAGGUGUUAGUACUUCCUCUUGCUGUCACCACUUUGUAUGCGGAAAUGGCGGAUCACAAAGUCGAGCACGCCCUCAGGAACGAGAAAAUGAUGGCGGACUGGCGGAAGCGGUUCCCGGUCUGCGAUCACCACCUAUACCGUGUGGUGGAGUUGUGGAGCACACCCAUCACACCAGUCAACAUCAGCCCAUCAAAUGCAGCAUAUCACCGGGUUGCGGACCAGAGGGCGCGUGCACACACGAGUGCUGGUGGAGAGAGGAAGAAGGCGGUGCAGCCUUCGAGGACGCGUCUGCGCUAA